AUGAUCCCUGCGACCAUGCCACGGCCGGCGCCGCCUGCGAAACGCAACUCGUCGUCGCGUACAAUCACGAGCAAGUCGUCGGCCACACCGUCCAGCUCGUCGCUGUCGUGGUCGGUCGCGCCACCGAAGGUCGUAGGCUUGGACAUGCCCCCACCUUCGACCCACGUACCAUUGAAUCAGUCAUCAUCCUCUUGGAUUGAUCACCACUCGUCUACGCCCCCCGAGUCGCUGUCAUCGUCGAUGAGCAACGCCGCUCCGAACCACGAGCACCACCACAUCUCGCGCACGUCCGUCGCCGGCUCCUCUGUGGGGGCGCCCGCGCCGAGCAACAGCGAACUUGAAGGCGGUCAAGCGAGCAAGCCGUCGGUCGAUGCCAAGACGGAGCAAGCUAGACUCGAGAAGGGUAAACACACACCACCUUCAACUCGUCGAGCCAGAGGUAACGGACUCGUGCACCCUGAGCACGACCAGCAACCACCCCGAUCACCCACAUCCGGCGCGCCGGGCAGCGGCAGCUCGCAGGCCUCGUGGGAUUCACGUGCGAUCGGUCGCUCGGCGCCCGGAGCCGUGGCCCCAGAAGACGGCCUGCACCCCUCGUCCUCGACCUCGGCACUCUCGUCCCUCGCCGCAGGUCAUCUCUCGCCAAUGGCCUCGUUCCCUUUCGCCGACUCAACAUCCAAGACACUGAACGACCCCGAUACCAUCACCUCGAAUCUACGCACAGGCGCUUCGGUCAGCGACCUCGGAACGAGGACUCGAGCCGAGCUGGAGAUGAUGCUGCAGGGAGCGGAUCAGCUCAUUCGAGCCAAAGAACAAGGCGAGUAGAGUGUGCAUCCGGAGCUUUACGCGCGACUAGAUCUGGUACUGUUGUACUUCGUAUUGAGAACUGACGCAUGCGCUGGCUAUAUUUGCCUCGACGCCCCUGUUUCCAGAGUUGACGGUGUUUCACGCCGCGGGCGAAGGCUUACUGCAAGAGUACCAGUCCCUGCGAUCACGACAUGAUGCACUCAUCUCGGGAAACACCGCUUCGUCGAUGGCCUCGGGAUCAGAGUCGGCUUCGCCUGCGAAGGCAUCGACAUCACGACCUACGUCCUCCCGCACUAGCUCAGGCACGUCCUCCGGCACACCGUUCGGAUGGAGUCCUCGUCAACUCGCGCUCGGUUUCGGGGUCCCGCCGUCGUCUGCGGUUCGUCCGUCAUUCCAGACCUCAGAAAGACCACACUACUACCCUCGAUCGCCUCCACCGCCAUGGUCGGCCGGCGAACUCGACAUCGACACCAGCCGACCAGAACGUGCCGACUCCGACUCGUCCUCGCUCUGUUCGCCCCCGAGAAGCUCCUACCGCGGAACGAAUCAGUCAAACUUGACGUCCCCAAUGCGUGCACGGGACGUGCAGGCCUUGAGUCAAAGGAACGAAGCGCUCACGCUGCAGUUGAACGAGCUCGAGGUCGACUCGGAAAAGGCCGAUCGGGAAGGGCGCAAGCGGCUGCGCAAACUAGAAAAGGAGCUGAGCGAACUGCGCCAGGAGCUCGAUCGCGUCGAAUCCGUCAACGAAUCGCUCAAAGCGCAAGCCGACAUCGAAGCAGCGGGUGCUCAUGCUCUGAAACAAAGUGUGCGGGAACACAAGGAACGAUACGACGCUCGAAGAGCCGACCUAGGCCACGAGCGAAGGCAAUCCGCGGCCAGGCGCCGGCGAUCCUCGGCAAGUGAUGACGAACAAAACAAGCCCCGCGACUCGAAAUCGACUUCAUUGCUUCUAUGUAGCAGCAGCGAUGGGACAGGUCGACGACAACUCCGCCCAACAUCCUCGUCCCCUGAGCAAGAUGCAUCGUUGAAGCUCAGUCCCGCUGAGCGUGAAACGCUUGCAAAAGCUCAAGCUCAGGCCCAAGAGGCGGAAGAGGCACAGAAGGCACAGGAUUUUGUCGUGCAGAAGUUGAUGGACAAGAUCGGGGAGCUACAAGAGACAAACGACAUCAUUACGAACGAGCGAGUCGAGAUGGAGCAGCGUCUACGCGAAGCCACCGUCGAGGUCGACGAGUUCAAGCGUCGAUGCGAGGAGCUGGAGGAGAUGGCCCUAAUGGAAGGGAUCGAUUGGAGUGAUUUCAAAUUGCCAUCAUCCGAUGCUACUAUAAAAGAUACUGACCGCACGCACCGUUUGACUGCAUCAGAAGAGCGUCGAGGCAUCGGCUGGCACGAGAACCCUUUGGAGCUGGGCAACGUACCGGCCGGGCGACUGAAGGGCAACCGUCGCAUGAUCGAGAAGCAGCGUCGACGCGAGGCUGGGCAGUGGCGCGCGAUGAGCGGCAUGAGUCAGUCCGCGUCGAGUCGUUCCGUUUCUUCGUCCAUCAGCUUUAGUCAAUCACCGACUGCGAGCAAGAGCAAAGGCAAAUAUCCGCCCGUGCAUCGCACACUCGGCAGCGAACUCGGCACCGAUCUCGAGGAUCUUCCGACCUUCGACGUCGAGCCGACCAGUGAGGUCCAAUCGUCGAACCUCUUCGGCGAUAUCGAUGCGGGAGCUGUGCCAUUCGAACGGCAUCUCACCUACGACUCAAACAAUAGUGACGACGACGUUGGGGACGAUGCGGAGGAGGAACUCACGAAUGGCUCGUCUCACGAAACCUCGAGACCUACUCCGCAGCGUCAUCUUCAGCAUCCCUCGAAUCGAACGAUUGGGCAAUUCGGCGAUCCGUACUAUUCUCCUCCUGAGGAUACGUCCCGUCCGCUCGUGCCUCGAGGUUUGCUCCGCUACUCGGGUCCUCCCGAAAACGCGGAUUAUGACAACCUCGACCGUGCCGCGUCGGAGCUUCCAGCCGCGUGGGAGGACGAAGGGUAUGGUCGCGAUCCACCGGCACCCCACGGUCUCGGACGAGUAGGAGGGCGACUGCUGGAGUGGGUCGAAGGUGGUAACGACGAAUUUGCCGACGAGGAGAAGCUUUGGUCGCGCUACCCUGAAGAAGAAGAAGACAUCGAUCCGCAGAUGGCCAGGCUCGAAAGUCGUGAAGAUGUUGAAGCAAAGAGCUUGCACUCGCUGUCCUCUUCUUUACUGCGGCGUCGUCAUCGUCGCUCGGCUAAACACCGCAGCCGAGCCGGUUCGCUCAAACGUUCCCGCGUAGUCUCCUCUCGGUUCCGUGACGUCUUUAACCAGGAGGAACCGACCGACGAAGAGGAACGUUUGACCCGACGCCAGGUCGCUCUGCGGCGAAUGGGGCUGGAGGAGGAUCUCGAGUACAGUGAGGAAGGGAGUCAGUGUGACGACUACGAUUCGGGCGACGACGAAAGCAUCAUGACUGACUAUGAGGUUCUGGACCGUCGAGCUCGACAAGGGGAUUAUUACCCGGUCUCGCUACGGGCUCGCUACGCGCCGAAGGUCAGUCCAUCGGGAUGGUCUCAUUUGCUAUAUCACAUAUGACUCGAAAGCUAAUGCACAUCUUUUCAUCCUCUGCUACAGAUGGUCAUCGCGCGCAUCACCGACAAAGCGAUGCAGCAUCUCGUCGAGCUGGUCACCUACCUCCGCUUCUUUGCCCUCCUGGCCAUGGCCGUCACCUUUGCUCUGUGGCAGUGAGUUAUGUUAUCGACCAUACUCGAUGUUCGAUCACCACGAUGCUUAGCCGUGCUUGCUUGCCUUCCGCUCACAGGGGCCCGAAGCGAGCGCUCGGUCCACAACCGAGACGUCGUCGUCGCAUUCAAUAG